UGUCGGCAGACUGUUUUUGACCGUUUGUUUUUUUUCUGAAAUCCCAAUUUUUGUUCCUUCUUCUUAUUUUUCCGUUACUCUCUUCUCUCUCGUUCCUGCUUCUUGCUCUUGUGCAUCCGAAGGCAGUGCCAAUUUCUUCAUUACGUCACCUGAAAUCACAACUCAAAGAUCUCAGAUCUCAGAUCUCAAUCGGAACAUCAGGGUUUCAAAUCAAUCAGCUCGUGCUAUUUUCAAUCCGAGGUUUGGAUCAUUCGAGUCAAUUCGGAGAAAAUCAAGUCGAAGAAGAAGAAGAAGAAGAAGUAAAAGAGAAUGGGGAAGAAACAGCACAGCAAAGAUCGUAUGUUCACAACGAAGACGGAGUGAGCAACGGAAUGGGGAGGAGCUAAACCCAAAGAGAACCGUACUCCUUUCAAGAGUCUUCCUUUCUAUUGCUGCGCGUAUGUUGCUGCUACUCGGAUUCAGACAGCUUUUCGGGGUCAUCUUGCAAGAAAAGCUCUACGAGCGUUAAAAGGAAUAGUGCAGCUGCAAGCAUAUAUCAGAGGUCGUGCAGUGAGACGCCAAGCGAUGACUACACUGAAAUGUUUGCAAUCUGUUGUGAACAUUCAGUCACAGGUCUGCGGUAAGAGAACACAAAUCCCCGGAGGUGCUCACAGAGAUUACGAAGAGAAGAAUAAAUUUCAGAUGUUCAGCGAUAAUAACAUACUCAAGGUGGAGACAAACGGUCAGAAGAGAUGGGACGAUAGUCUUUUAACUAAAGAAGAGGUUAAAGCUGUGGUCAUGAGCAAGAAAGAAGCUUCGCUAAGAAGAGAAAAGAUCAAAGAAUAUGCAGUCACCCACAGGAAAUCCGCUGAGUCGUACCAGAAACUGAGCAACGCGAAAUGGAAGUACUGGUUAGACGAAUGGGUAGAUACACAACGAAGUGCUGUGGAUGCUGCGUCUGCUUCGGUUCAUGGAAGAAGUGCUGCUGCAGCCAAAGCUGGUUCUAGCGAUAAAACAGCUGCAAGAAUAGCUAUGCAUAUGGCUGGAGAUAGAGAGCUCCGGUUAAUUCUAAAAUGGAAUCAAGAGACCCAGCCGAUUGAUUCUCUUCCCUCUUCGUCUUCUUAUUCUGGAGAAGAUAAAGAUCCAUGGCUUAGGAAUUGUGGCGAUGAGUUUCUGCAGGAUGCAGUUCCUUUUGAGGACGAGCCCCGCGUCAAUGAUGAAUGAAUUUUCCACAAAGAGGUCAAAUCCGAUCCUUAAUUUUUUAAUAAAAACAUUUUUUUCUUGUUUCCUAAUAAAAAUAACUUUUUAAUAUUAAUUCUUUUAAAAAAUUAGUAUUCUAAAAAAAAAUUUCUUAUUUCCUAAUCAAGAUAUUUUUUCUUAUUUCCUAAUAAAAAAUGCUUUUCAAUAUUAACUCUUUAAAGACCUUAGUAUUUUUAAAUUUUUCUUUUUUUUAUCACUGUUUUGUUUAUUAGAUAAGUUAAAGAAAUUUGAUUGCUAAAUUACAUAGUUGUGAAAACAGACUAAACAUUGCAUCCAGUCAUUUGAUGGUUAGAGGUGUCAUAUGUUCAACAUGUUUUCACACUAUAUUGUAAGUUUUAGUAAUCAAGUUUUUAUUAAUUUUCUAAUAAAUUUUUUUUUCUUAUUUCCUAAUAAAAAUAGCUUUUCAAUAUUAACUCUUUAAAAAUUAAUAUUUUUAAAUAUUUUUUUAUCACCGUUUUGUUUUUUAGAUAAGUUAUAGAAAUUUGAUUGCUAAAUUACAUAGUUGUGAAAACAGACCAAACAUUGCAUCCAGUCAUUUGACGUUUAGAGGUGUUAUAUGUUCAACAUGUUUUCACACCAUAUUGUAAGUUUAGUAAUCAAGUUUCUAUUAAUUUUCUAAUAAAAAUAUUUUUUCUUAUUUCCUAAUAAAAAAUUAGUAUUUUAAAAUUUUUUUCUUAUCACCGUUUUGUUUUUUAGAUAAGUUAAAGAAAUUUGAUUGCUAAAUUACACAUAGUUGUGAAAACAGACCAAACACUGCAUCAAGUCAUUUGACGAUGAGAUAUGUCAUAUAUUAACAUAUUUUCACACCAUAGUAAGUUUUAGUAAUCAAGUUUCUACUAAUUUUUUAAUAAAAUCUUUUUCUCUCAUUCACUAAUAAAAGUAGCUUUUUAAUAUUAACUCUUUAAAAAAUCAGUAUUUUUAUCUUUUAGAUUAUUAGAUGAGUUAAAAAAAUUUAAUUACAAAAUUAUAUAGUUGUGAAAACAGACCGAACAUUAUAUCGAGUCAUUUGAUGGUUAGAGGUGUCAAUGUUCAAUAUAUUUUCACACUAUAUUGUAAAUUUUACUAAUCAAGUUUCUCUUAAUAUUCUAAUAAAAAAUUUUUCUCUUAUUCCCUAGUAAAAAUAGCUUUUUAGUAUUAGUAUUUUAAAACUUUUUUUUAUCUCUUUAGAAUAUUAAAUGAAUUAAAGAAAUUUUUUAAUAAAAUCUUUUUCUCUCAUUCACUAAUAAAAGUAGCUUUUUAAUAUUAACUCUUUAAAAAAUCAGUAUUUUUAUCUUUUAGAUUAUUAGAUGAGUUAAAAAAAUUUAAUUACUAAAUUAUAUAGUUGUGAAAACAGACCGAACAUUAUAUCGAGUCAUUUGAUGGUUAGAGGUGUCAAUGUUCAAUAUAUUUUCACAUUAUAUUGUAAAUUUUACUAAUCAAGUUUCUCUUAACAUUCUAAUAAAAAAAAUUUUCUCUUAUUCCCUAGUAAAAAUAGCUUUUUAGUAUUAGUAUUUUAAAACUUUUUUUUAUCUGUUUAGAAUAUUAAAUGAAUUAAAAAAAUUUAAUUACUAAAUAACAUAGUUGUGACCAAAUAAUGCAUCUAGUCAUUUGAUUGUUGAAAAUGUC